AUGGCACUAUCGCAGAAGGGGAAAAUAAUGCAGCAGUGGACGCCAGGGCAUAGGUUCUAUACAAUUGGUUCCAUGCUAAAAAAAUUAGUACGAAAAGGUUAUGGGAGUGCCAGGAGGAGUCUAUACCUGCGAUACACGGUGGAAUGGGUUGAUUGGGAUUUUGGCAUUAUUCCUGUUAAAAUCAUUAUACUUGAUGUCACUGAUACUGGGAAAAGGCUUAAUGCUUCAGCACGAUUAAGUCCAGAGAAUGGUUGCCAGUUUAGAUACUGGAAACUGACAGGAAAUAUGGCAUACUGUUCUCGGGGCGGCUUGCUUUUGUUAGCAAUACUAAUACUGGCAUCUAAUGUACUUCAUACACGAGCUUCUACGAAAGGUGGUAAAAAGAUCAAAUCUGCCACUUUCCUAUCACCGAAGUUUGUGUUGGGACCAGGAUCAGUGGUGAAUAGAUUCUAUUACAAUAUUGAAUUCCCAAAAGGUCAUAUUGGUAUCAAGAGUUUCAGUGCUGAAGUGAUUGAUGAUGCUGGGAAUCCUGUCCCUCUUCAUGAAACUUAUCUUCACCACUGGUUUGUCGAGAGAUACUAUCAACGUCUAGAUGUGGUUGAGAAUAAUCAUGAGCAGAAGUUUAAGGAGUCAGAUCGCAUUUCUGCAGGUAACAGUGGAAUAUGCCAGAGAGGUGUUCUUAAGCAGUAUUUUGGCCUUGGAUCUGAAACACGAAAAACAGCCACGCAUAUUCCUGAUCCUUAUGCAAUAGAAAUUGGCAAUCCAGCUGAAAUUCCUGCUGGGUACGACGAGAGAUGGUUGCUUAAUGUCAAUGCAAUCGAUAAACGGGGUGCCGAAGAUAGGUUGGGAUGCACUGAAUGUAGGUGUGAUCUGUAUAACGUUACAGUUAGUGAAUCGGGACACCCUUUGAAGCCAGACUAUAAAGGAGGCUUAUUUUGUUGCUAUGACCAUACACAAUGCAAGGUCAAACAAGGUUUCCAGGGUACCAGGAGAAGUCUCUACCUGCGAUAUACGAUGCAAUGGGUUGAGUGGGAUCGUGACAUUAUUCCUGUUAAAAUCUUUGUAUUUGAUGUCACUGAUACUGGGAAAAGGCUAAAUGGUUCAACAGGAAUUGGUCCAGAGAAUGGUUGCCAGGUUGAGUAUGACAUUGAGUAUUGCAGCUCCACUGAUGCUUCUGUUCAUGGAUGUAUUGAUGUCAAAAGGACAAGCCUCACCAUGCCAUCUGCUGGUUAUGUCAUCUACGGUGUUGCCCACCAGCAUGCUGGAGGGAUUGGUUCAACUCUGUAUGGGAAGGAUGGACAUGUUAUAUGUCGUUCGCUACCAAAUUAUGGAGAAGGAAAGGAGGCAGGAAAUGAGGCAGGUUACGUUGUAGGAAUGUCUACGUGCUAUCCUGAACCAGGCUCUAUCCGGAUAACAGCUGGGGAGAAGCUAGUUUUGGAAUCCAACUACAGAAGAGAUCAAAAGCACACAGGAAUCAUGGGGAAUUUCUACAUUUUGGUUGCUGACCGAACACUAAACCCCACAAGUUUGUUACAAGCUCCCGUUCGUGGUUCAUUUUGUGCAUUGGAUGGGGCUGGAAGAGAGUGA